GGGAAAAGAGAGAACUAAAACAGAGGAAGAGGAGGAGGAUAAGAAAAAAAAAGAAUCAAAGAAGAAUCGAAUUGACCAUUGUUGUGCCUUGCAGAAAUGCUGUUUCGUUUAGACAAUAAUCCGUUAUUCACUAUGAACUAAUUCUCGUGUGCUUUCUGAUUCUGGCCUAGUGUCUACACUCUACAGUUUCUUGGAUGGGCAGUGUAGCACAUCUGUUGGAUGCCUGGGUGAAAAGUAUGAAGCCCAAGAGAGCUGACUGGCUAGUAGUUCUCAAAGAAUUGGAUAGGCUGAAUAGUCCAUUGUAUCUUGAGGUGGCUGAGCUUGCCCUAGAAGUGGAAUCAUUUGAAUGCAAUAUUCGUGACUAUACUAAAAUCAUUCAAUGCUAUGCAAAGAAAAAUCUUGUUCCGGAAGCUGAAAAGAUGCUUUUGAGCAUGAAAAACAAAGGCAUCAUAUAUGACCAGGUGGUGCUUACAGCAUUAAUUCACAUGUACAGCAAGGCUGGCAAUCAUAAGCUGGCAGAAGAUACCUUUGAAAAGUUGCUGCUGCUUGGACACCCAUUGGACAGAAGAUCCUACGGGUCAAUGAUUAUGGCCUACAUUAGGGCUGGAGAGCUCAGUAAAGCUGAGGGGUUAGUUAGGGAAAUGGAGGACAAAGACAUUUACGCAGGAAGUGAAGUUUAUAAAGCACUGUUGAGAGCCUACUCCAUGGCAGGUGACACAAAAGGAGCUGAAAGUGUUUUCAAUGCUCUGCAAUUAGCGGGUGUCAUCCCGGAUGCAAAGAUCUGUGGGUUAGUGGUGAAUGCUUAUCUUGUGGCAGGCCAACUAUCUGAGGCUUAUAUUGCUUUUCAAAAUAUGAGGAUGGCAGGAAUCAAACCGAAUGAAAAAUGUGUGGCAUUGAUGUUGGGUGCGUAUGAAAAGGAGAAUGACCUAAACAAGGCACUAGGCCUCUUAAUUGAUUUGGAGAAGGGAGGUGUUAUGCUUGGGGAAGAAGCUUCUGGUACAUUGGCUCGUUGGUUCAGGAGGCUUGGGGUGAUUAAAGAAGUAGAUCUCGUCUUGCAAGAAUAUAUAAAUAAUGGGAAACAGACAGAGAAGCUUAUGUCUUCUUUUGCUUCUGCUCGGUAAAUUAAUAUCAGCUCCUUGUUACUAAUUGUGAUAGAUAAAAGUUCUGUCUUUUUUUCCAUGAACGUGGGAUGUAUAGGUUUUUCUUUUCUUAAUUUUGAAGUUGUUUGUUUUAAAUGUUCCUCUUAGGACAUCCAUAAUGAUGGGUGUCAAGUUUCACUUUUGGAACAUACACUCGAUACCCAUUCUAAAACAACACCCGUUUAUACACAAUAAAACAAAAGAAAAAGCACAUAAAAGUUCUUGGGUGAGAUAUGCGACAUAAUUUUAAUACGAAUGUGACAUCAAUUGAUCAAUGUUCUGAAAUGAACUAUAAGUUAUUUGAUUGAUGAUGUCUCAUUUAUGGACACCAUUACUAUGAAUGCUCUAAGGGGUAGGUCGGGUUUCAGUUGAAAUCAUAGCCGGGCCGGAUCCAUCCUACUUUGCUAAAGCGGAGCCUGCACAAAGAUCUUGGUUAAGGCUAGUGAGAGUUGAUUCUUAUUUGUGUAUCAAGUUCUAUGUCAAGAAACUGAAUAGUAAUGACAACAUAUUGUUGAGGGCCUGAGGGUGGAUGAAUCUUGAGAACAUUACUAUCUAUGUUCCCUAUUCAUCUUUCUGAAGUUAUUAAAUAGUCAUCCUAUUUCACUAAAGCAAGUUCUUAAAUAACCGUCCUGUUUUCAUCAAAACAAAAAGUGUGGUCAUUACUUUUCCAAUAAUUCUACGAAAGUGUCACUUUUUUCAUUUUCUUCGACUCAGUCCUUGCCAAGUACAACUGAACUUCAUGUCUUUUUUGGUAUGACUUGAGAGCAGGGUCACAAGUACGAGUAAACUGGAUUCCAAAACUGAAAUGGAUGAGUAAAGAAAUGAAAGCAUUGCCAUUUUUUCAGUUUCGGUUCCAUUAUUUUCAAAUAUAACCGGAACCGACCCGCUAUGAUUUUAGAACAAAUUUACUCAUUUAAGGUCCAAUUCCCCAAGCCUUUUGGAAUGUUUGUUUGCACAUUAAUUUGUUAUAUAAAAACGAUUUCAAGACACUUCAGUGUACAAUGUAUUGUUUAGUUAGGAGUAUAGCAUAUUUUCUACCCUCAUACCAAGUCUUUUGGGGGGGGGGGGGGGGUCCUGCACAAACUCAAUCUCCCGUUCCUCAAGAACUUAUCAACAACAAUAACUAAGGUUUCAGGGUAUUGUAAAUGUAUCUGUUCCAAAACUGGACGGAUGGGUUGGAGAAGUUUAUGUCUUGGUAAUCUAGUGUUUUCUCCAGAAGGGAGGAUUGCAGUUUCUGGAAUGAUGACUCGAAGUUCAGUACUGUUUGGCUGCUCAUCUGCAGAUUCUUUAAGAUUUCACUCCAUAACAUAUUAACAUAUGCAGUUGACCUUUGAAGCCAUUUUCUUGGACAUCCAUACACGACAGUCAGAGAAGAAGCGGUUUUGUUGUAAUCUUUAUCCGGUGAGUGGAAACACCAAAUCAGAAUUUCAAUGUACAAAUGAUAUGAAGUUA